AUGAAAAGAACUACAUGGGACUGUCUCAGGCCUAGAACGACUAAUGCUUAUGGUCGACAUGCUCAAGAUCGUGUGCUUGAGGAAGAAGCCCCUCAGAUAGCAGAGACAAGCCCAUCGUUGAAAGUUUUACCAGGUCAGGCAUUUCCACUAGGAGUAUCAGAAGUUGAGAAUGGGAUCAACUUUGCUAUUUUUUCACAACAUGCGACUGCAAUCGUGCUUUGCUUAUUUCUUCCCCAAAGGGGAAAGAAAGACAGAAUGGAUGACUUGAUGGUGGAGCUGACACUGGAUGCUGAUGUGAAUAGAACAGGAGACAUAUGGCACAUAUGUGUUGAGGAUUUGCCUCGGAGCAAUGUUCUUUAUGGUUAUUGCAUAGAUGGUCCUCGAGAUUGGCAUCAAGGGCAUCGAUUUGACAACAGCACAGUGCUCAUAGAUCCUUAUGCAAAACUAGUUGAAGGUCGCCGAUUUUUUGGGGAUGCUAGCAAUAAGUGGUCCAAAUUUCUAGGAACUUAUGAUUUUGAUAGCUUGCCUUUUGAUUGGGGAGACAAUUACAAGGUUCCAAGUAUACCUGAGAAAGAUCUUGUUAUAUAUGAGAUGAAUGUUCGUGCAUUUACAGCUGAUAAAUCUAGUGGAUUGGAUCCAAAUGUCCGUGGCAGCUACCUUGGUGUGAUUGAAAAGAUUCCACACCUGCUUGAUCUUGGAAUCAAUGCAGUGGAAUUGCUGCCUGUUUUUGAGUUUGAUGAGUUCGAAUUUCAGAGGCGCCCAAACCCUAGAGAUCACAUGAUUAACACGUGGGGAUAUUCAACAAUAAAUUUCUUUGCUCCUAUGAGUCGCUAUGCUAGUGCUGGUGGAGGACCUAUUAAAGCUUCCAGGGAGUUCAAAGAAAUGGUGAAAGCCUUGCAUGGUGCUGGAAUAGAGGUCAUUUUAGAUGUUGUUUAUAACCAUACUAAUGAGGCUGAUGAUGAAAACCCUUACACCACUUCAUUUCGUGGCAUAGAUAAUAAGGUUUAUUACAUGGUGGACCUAAACAAUGAAGGCCAGUUGCUGAACUUCUCUGGCUGCGGAAACACACUAAACUGCAACCAUCCCAUGGUGAUGGAACUCAUACUUGACAGCUUGAGACACUGGGUCAUUGAGUAUCAUGUGGAUGGAUUUCGAUUUGAUCUGGCUAGCGUUCUUUGUCGAGGAACAGAUGGUUCUCCACUUAAUGCUCCCCCAAUUAUUAGGGAAAUUGCUAAAGAUGAUAUCCUGUCAAGGUGUAAAAUUAUUGCAGAACCUUGGGAUUGUGGUGGCCUUUACCUUGUUGGAAGGUUUCCAAAUUGGGAUCGGUGGGCUGAAUGGAAUGGGAAGUACCGUGAUGACCUUAGAAGAUUUAUAAAGGGGGACCCAGGUACUAAGGGGAAUUUUGCCACUCGUGUUGCUGGAUCUUCCGACCUAUACAAAGUGAAUAAGCGCAAACCAUACCACAGUGUAAAUUUUGUUAUUGCACAUGAUGGGUUUACAUUGUACGACCUUGUGUCAUACAAUUCUAAGCACAAUAAUGCUAAUGGAGAGGGUGGAAAGGAUGGAACUAAUGAUAAUUUUAGCUGGAAUUGUGGUUUUGAAGGAGAAACUGCUGAUGCUAAAAUUAAAGCUUUACGUUCCCGGCAAAUGAAGAAUUUCCACUUGGCAUUAAUGUGUUCCCAGGGAACACCAAUGAUGCUAAUGGGUGAUGAAUAUGGGCACACUCGCUAUGGAAAUAAUAACAGUUAUGGACACGAUACUGCUAUUAAUCAUUUUCUGUGGGGACAGUUGGAUUCAAGGAAGAGGGAUCGCUUUCGGUUUUUUAAAGAGGUGAUAAAGUUUCGCCGCAUGCAUCAUGUUUUUGGACGUGAAAAUUUUCUUGAGAAGAAAGAUGUGACAUGGCAUGAGGACAACUGGGACAAUUAUGAGAGCAAAUUCCUUGCAUUCACACUUCAUGCAAAUAAUGGAGGAGACAUAUAUUUGGCAUUCAACACUCAUGACUUCUUUGUCAAAGUUGCAAUACCCUCACCACCAGCAAACAGGCGUUGGUUCCGAGUGGUAGACACUAAUCUGGAGUCUCCCAAAGAUUUUGUCUCUGAAGGUGUCCCAGGCAUUGGAAGCGCUUACAAUGUGGCUCCUUACUCUUCAAUUCUUCUUGAAGCAAAGCUAUGAAUCGACUGUAGAAGCUUCUUAUAGAACAUUGCACCUGAACGCUAUGUCUCAGAUGUUGUCCCAUACAUCAGAGAGGCGGCCAAAAUUGAAGUUGUUGUCAUAUGGAUGUACAUUUCCUCUUCCAAGUAAUAAUAAAGGUGACUACAGAUGAGAGAAUAUCCAAGAUUCACAUCUUAAAUUUUAGAUAACCCAUUAACAAACAUGUACCAGCAUGAAUGAGAAUAAUAUAUUGGAGGAGAUGAUACCUAAAUAAGAGCAGGUUUGAUAGUAGCUCUUUAUACGUAUUAGGAUGUGGUUGAUUACAUCUUUGCACAGAUGAUGUAAUGUAGCACCUUCAUGGAAUGUAUGCUUUGAAUAAGAUGCGUCUUUUGCUUUUGAUGGGUGAAA